AUGACGGCGUCUCAGUUCAACAUACUAGUAAACCACAGAAUCACGUGUAUGAUUUUAUACGUAUAUCUGGUACUAUAUGCCGGGGCAUCGAUCGUUGUCCGACAUGACGGUGAUUUUAUCAUCGGGGGUUUGUUUAACCUGCAUAGCAGCACUUACAUCGUCGAUGAUACUCUUUCGCGAGGGCCGAUAGAGGAAACAUGUGUUGGGUUCUCGUGGGGUGGGUUUCUACGCUCACAAGUUAUGACCUACGCAGUCGAUGAGAUAAACAAUCGCAGCGAUAUUUUGUGUAACAUCACGUUAGGAUACGAUAUACGAGACGUAUGUUCAUCAACAUCAAAAUCCCUGUCGGAAACUUUUGAUUUAAUGGUGAGAAACGAAGUUCAAGUCGGCGCGGUUAUUGGGGCCGGCGGUUCGGAUACAACCAUGGCGGUCGCCGAACUACUGAGUGUGUACAACGUCCCGAUGCUUAGUUACGCUGCGACUACGUCAAUGCUUGACGACCCGGUAAAGUACAAAUCUUUUCUUCGUACCGUACCAAACGACAUUCAUCAAGCUAACGCCAUGGUUGAGCUUGUGACUUCGUUCGAUGAUUGGAACUGGGUAGGUAUUAUCGGGAUCGACAAUUUCUACGGACGGCCAGCCACUGCAGAGUUCGAGGUGCUUGCGAAGAAAAGGGGAGUAUGCAUUGCCUUAUACGAACUUAUUCUGCCAAAUUGCAGCGAUGACAUCGUCGAUGACGUCAUCGAUAAAAUAUAUGAAAAUCCAUCGGCAAAGGUAAUCGUCGCGUUUCUGUACUGGGAUGAAAUAUCUAGAAUAGUACAAAGAAUGGCACUUCGGAAUAUAACAGAUCGAAUAUUGGUCGCAAGCGAAGCCUGGUCGAUGAGUACAUCCAUUGCCUCUACCGAACUUGAACGGCAAGUUACCGAAGGAAGUCUAGGAGUUGUUCUUCCAGCACGGAAUAUUCCAGGAUUUUAUGACUAUAUUAACAAACUUAAUCCAUUUAACGAAAAUAAUAUCUUAGUUUCGGCUGCAUGGGAAACAGCUUUCAAUUGCAGUAUGCCCAUGACCGCGAAAGAGACGCGCCCAACAACUCAGGGUGGCGCAAGGAACAACACCGCAGAAAUCAUGACGUCAUCAGUUGAAUCACACAUACAGCACUCUGGUUAUAUCACGCACAUCCCAACGACAGUUUAUUGUUCCGGUGAAGAAUCUUUUUCAACGCAUUUAAAUGAUAGUUUAUCGUCGUCAGCUUUUUUAUACCGCGUCUAUCUCGCCGUUUACGCCAUUGCGCAUGCGUUGGACGACAUAACUCGUUGCGAGUAUCCUGAUGGACUUUUAUCGGGUGGCACAUGUCCCGAUGUAUGGAAUCUGAAACCAUGGCAACUGUUGAAAUAUUUACAGAAUGUGAACUUCACGGACGUUUUUGGACACCACAUUUCUUUUGAUGACGACGGUGGCGUUGGGGGCGUAUAUGACAUUGUGAACUGGCAGAACGGCAACACCAAAGUUCCCGCCAAAUGUGCACUCAUGGAUGAUGGUCAAUCUGACAUGUCCAACUGCGAGCCAUCCUGGGAUGAAAACGACUCUAUUCUCGUUGAUGAGAGUAAAGAACACCCAGAGUAUAUUCAGGUUGUUAAAAUAGGUCGAUAUGACCAUCGUCAAAUUUCAAUGAACAAUGGCCUACAAAUUAAUCAUGGAGAUAUUACGUGGAAGAAUUCGUGCAAAACAAUUCCCACAUCACGAUGUAGUGCCCCGUGUGAUCCCGGCAAAAGAAAAGGAAUAUUAUCAGGAUUUCCAACUUGCUGCUACGAAUGUAUCACGUGCUCGGAAGGAACAAUCACAAACGACACCGAUUCUACAGAUUGCACAAAGUGUCCAGAGGGCACUUGGCCUAACGACGAACAAACAAUGUGUAAGGAUAAAUACCUCGAAUACUUAGCUUGGGACAACCCCGAAGCUAUCGCGUGCAUGGUAUUAGCAGGUCUCGGAAUCCUAGCAACUGUCAUCGUCAUGGCAACAUUCCUCAAGUUUCGCAACACUCCAGUAGUUAAAGCUUCAAAUAGAGAACUGAGCCUCCUCUUCAUGGGCAGUCUGAUUGUUUGUUUUUUGUCUGUUUUCAGUUGUAUGGGCGAACCAACCAAUACUCAGUGUGUCAUCCAGGUGCCUCUGCGCAGUCUCAGUUUUACAAUGUGUGUAUCCAUCUUAUUGGUUAAAACGCAUCAGAUCAUGACGGUGUUCGAAUCAAAAGUGCCACGCGCGGGUCGGUGUCUCUUCAAGGCCCAGUUACAGGUGUUUGUCGUAUUGGUAUUAACAGCUGGGCAGGGUAUCGUAGUAUUUCUGUGGCUAUGUCUUAACCCUCCGAAAGCCGUGUAUUUCCCGAAUAUAGCAAAGGAAGUCAUUUAUCUGGAAUGCGAUUCGGACUUCUCCGCACCAAUCCUCGUAAUGUUUGCGUACACCUGGGUUAUUGCUGCUGUGUGUCUCGGUUUCGCUUUCAGAACACGAAAACUACCGGAAAAUUUCAACGAAUCAAAAUUUAUCACUUUUGCUAUGGUGAUAUAUUUCAUGGCAUGGCUGACUUAUUUUCCCAGUUAUUUCGGCACGAAUGGCAGAUUUAAAGCCCUCUGUCAGGUUAUUCUGUUACUUGCCUCGAGUUACGCCAUGUUGCUUUGUAUUUUGAUCCCAAAGUGUUUUGUCAUACUCUUCAAACCGCAUUUGAAUACAACAGAGUACGUGAGGUCAACAACACUAAGUCACGCCAACCGUCGGGCAUCGGCAGUUAUGGACACGCGAAGACGAAAAAGUAUGAUUAAUCCCGUGCUAACAAGCACAGAAAAUAUAGAAGAUGGCGAAAAUUGUCUUCACGUUGAUACCGAUAAUGAUGGAAAAUCCACGCAAUCGCCUUCCGAACCGAAUCACAACCAGCAUAGACACCACUGUCGACAGCUUUUCGGGGAAAAUAACGAAUUCACCUUAUCACAGGUAGUAAUAUGCCAUCAUGACACUGAGCUAGAUUCCAAGGUUAAUGUCUUCAGAGUCAGGAUAAUUCCGCCGUCACCACAAAGUCAUAUCAGUAGGACGACGAUGUGCCCUGCGUCUGCGCGCGAUUCGAUCGAAUUGGUGGCAUCACAUGGUUUAGAUAAUCCUACAUUCAGUUAA